AUGGCCACUCGGGCGAAGCGCCGGCGGGUGACCCGGCCCGUGGGCUGCGGCGGCGACCACGACCUGGUCCCGGACCCGAGCCCGGACCCCGACCCCGUGGCCGGCUUCCUGAGCUGGUGCGGGCGCGUGGGGCUGGAGCUGAGCCCCAAGGUGGCGGUGAGCCGGCGGGGCACGGUGGCCGGCUACGGCAUGGUGGCCCGGGAGGGCGUGCAGGCCGGGGAGCUGCUGUUCGCCGUGCCGCGGGCCGCGCUCCUGUCGCAGCACACCUGCUCCAUCGGCGGGCUGCUGGCGCGAGAGCGAGGCGCGCUGCAGAGCCCGUCGGGCUGGGUGCCGCUGCUGCUGGCGCUCCUGCACGAGCUGCAGGCCCCGGCCUCCCGCUGGAGCCCCUACUUUGCGCUCUGGCCCGAGCUGGGCCGCCUGGAGCACCCGAUGUUGUGGCCGGAGGGGGAGCGCCGGCGGCUGCUGCAGGGCACAGGGGUCCCCGAGGCCGUGGAGAAGGAUUUGGCCAACAUCCGCAGCGAGUUCCAUUCCGUCGUGCUGCCCUUCAUGGAAGCCCACCCCGACCUCUUCAGCCCCAGCGUCCGCUCCCUGGAGCUCUACCAGCAGCUCGUGGCUGUGGUGAUGGCCUACAGCUUUCAGGAACCCCUGGAGGAAGAGGAUGAUGACAAGGAGCCAAACCCCCCAUUGAUGGUGCCCGCUGCGGACAUACUAAACCACGUGGCCGAUCACAAUGCCAAUCUAGAGUACUCUCCAAACUGUCUGCGGAUGGUGGCUACUCAGCCCAUUCCUAAAGGCCAUGAGAUUUUCAACACUUACGGGCAAAUGGCUAAUUGGCAGCUGAUGCACAUGUAUGGCUUUGUUGAGCCAUACCCUGACAACACAAAUGACACAGCCGACAUUCAGAUGGUGACAGUGCGAGAGGCAGCAUUACGGGGAGCAAAAGGUGAAGCUGGAAGGCUCCAGCUGCGCGAACGCUGGGAUUACUUAUGCAAACUGGAGAUGGUAGGGGAGGAGGGCGCCUUCGUGAUUGGGCGUGAAGAGGUACUGACUGAAGAGGAACUGACCACCACACUCAAGGUCCUGUGCAUGUCUGCCGAGGAGUUCAGAGAGCUGGAAGAACAGGACGGCUUGGGAGACGAAGGGGAAGAGGAUAGCCUGACGAUCACCAACAUCCCCAGGCUCAGAGCGUCAUGGAGACGGCUUCUUCGGGACAGUGUUCUGUUGACCCUGCAAGCCUAUGCCACAGACCUAAAAGCGGAACAAGAUGUCCUCAGUAAUGAGGAGGCCUACAGCAAGCUCAGCUGGAGGGAGCAGGCGGCCUUACAGGUUCGUUACGGGCAGAAGAUGAUCUUACACCAGCUGUUGGAACUGACUGGUUAG